UUUUAAAACCCCCCUCAAAUUAACAUGAGUUGCGGUGUUUUGGGGGAACACUCAAAAUUGUAACAAUAGUGGCGGUUUUUAUCAUUUUUUGAGGAGGUUUAUGCCCUCCCAAAUUCAUAGGCAAAUUUUACCUGAAAAUUUUUCAUCAUUUUCGCCCCAAUUUAUUUUCACCAAAUCCCUCCAAUUUUGUCUACAUUUCCCCGCGAACACCCUUCCUCGUCUCCCAACCCUUCCCCACCUCUCCCCACACCCUCGAAGAAAGCGGAAAAUCUCCCCUCGAAGAACAGCUCGGUCGCGAUGGGUCUUCGCCAUUGCCUCCACCGCCGCCUUCGACGUCGUGUACGUGCCAUACCCAGGCUUCAGCGCCGCCACCAGCGACGUCAUCAGCAGGUUGAUCCGCCCCCCGCCGCCGCACUUCAAGCAGUUGGCCGCCUCCCUCGCGCAGGCGAAUCGCCUCGCGCGUUCACCGCGAAGAUGCGGUCGAAGGACUCGACGGUGGUGUCGGCAACGGAGGUGUAGGCGCCGUCGUUGAUGCCGACGGAGUUGACGAGGAUGUAGAGCGGCAAGUCGAAGGCGCGUUGGGCUGAGUCGAAGAGGGACUUGACCUGGGCCACUACGGCGCGCGGCGUGGCGGAGUUGGCGUUGAUUUGGGCCGCGACGGAGUGGGUUUGGGAAUGGAGAAGCCUGCAGCAACUAAGGUCAAGGAAGCAUUAUCCAAGGAAGCAUUGUUUUGAUAAGAAUAGGAACUGGCGCAGAUGGGUAUCCCCCUAUUUUCAAUUAGUCUAGGGUUUAAUGUUGUAAACCCUAAAAGGAUUCUUCCUCGCUACAGAAUGUGGUUAUUGUGUAGAAAAAAUCUAAUGAGCCUAAUAUCUGCUGAACAUCGAAUACGAUUGUGUCAUUUAGCCUGCAAAAGUUCAGAUUUUGUAAUGGUUGAUCCAUGGGAGGCAAAUCAGAGCACAUAUCAACGGACCUUAACUGUUCUCUCCAGAGAUGCAUUGAUUGGUAUUAAGAAUUUAUUCAUCAGAUAUCCAGAAGAACAAAGGUUGAACAAGUAUACUGCUAUAGAAAAACUUCGUGAGCGCAUUUGUGAUGAUGAUAAAGUGGUCCGAAAAUCAUUAUAUGAUCUUUUUAAAGUAGUGAUUUUACCUGGCUGUAAAGAGGAUUAUGACCUGGUUAAAUCUUAUGUGUCAAAGAUCCAAGAGAUGGAAGGUGAAUUGCAGCGUUUGGAAAAUUCAAAUGCGAAAUCUAGACAUUUUGUUGACUGGGUUGAUUCGGAUGAUAGCGGAUUCCAGUCAAAGAAUGCUUUAUUUGCAUGUGAUAAUGAGUACUCUUCUGAUUGUGAUGCCAAAGUGGACAUAAUAGGUAGAAUUUUGGCAGUUGUUUUGAUGAAUUAUUGUAUGAUGUAUCCUUGAUUUGAUUGUUAACCCUUGUGGCUGAUGUUAAUAAUAUUAUUUCUGACAAUUUUGUUAUAGUCGAGACAAUUGAAAUAUAAAAAGUUAUUUUUUUAUUGAAAUAUAAA